AACGCAGUCGUCUUUCUUACUGUGUCGACCUACUCCUUUUCACUCUACCCCUGCUGUGGGCCAGCGACUGCCCGUCUGGGUCGUUGGGAAAGGCGGAGGCGGAGGUGGCUGCGUCGUCCCCGUUGGAAUAUGGGUCCGCUUUCGUAGACAGGGACCGUCGCGUCCCUCUCUUCCUAAAAUGGCCCAUUUCUCCAGCGAGGACGAGGCUCAGCUCCAGUCCAUGCUCAGGCAGUUACUGCACAGCGUGAAGGAAAAAAUCACGGGAGCUCCCUCCCUUGAGUGCGCGGAGGAGAUCCUCUUGCACCUGGAGGAAACUGAUGAAAAUUUUCACAACUAUGAAUUUGUGAAAUAUCUCAGACAAUAUAUAUACAGUACUCUGGGGGCUAUGAUUGAGGAAGAAAUGGAAAAAUGUACCUCAGAUCAGAAUGAAGCUGAAGGACCUGGCUAUGAUACUCUUGUUCAACAUGUUACUAAAGUAACCCAGGAAUCAAAAGAGUACAAAGAAAUGAUGCAUUCCCUGAAGAAUGUAAUGAUGGUUGUGGUGGAAUCUUUAAUUAACAAAUUUGAAGAGGACCAGAUACGAAAUAAGGAGAUACAGAAGAAAACUGUAAAGGAGAAAUGCAGUAAUUAUUGCACAGACAAUUGUUCUGACAGUGAUUCUUCGUUCAAUCAGAGUUACAAAUUCAGUCAAGGAAAACUGCAAUUAAUUUUAGACCAACUGGACCCUGGGCAACCUAAAGAGGUGCGACUUGAAGCAAUGCAAACAUUGUGCUCUGCUCCUCCUUCUGAUGUAUUAAAUUGUGAAAACUGGACUACUCUUUGUGAAAAACUUACAGUGUCUCUUGCAGAUCCUGAUCCUGCAUUUAAUGAUCGAAUUUUGAAAUUCUAUGCACAGACAUUUACUCUUUCACCACUGCAUAUGACCAAAGAAAUUUAUACAAGCUUAGCCAGACAUUUGGAAUUAUAUUUCCUUUCGGGGGAAAACCAUAUUCCAACUCUAUUGACUGGGGUAGAUGUUACUCAUCCUAAUGUGAUCCGUUUACUUAAAAAGGUGCGUCUUCUAAAUGAAUAUCAAAAGGAGGUUCCAUCUUUUUGGAUUCAUCAUCCAGAGAUGUAUAUGGAAGAAAUUGUGGGGAGUACUCUGUCACUGUUAUCAAUUAAGCAUGACCAAAGUCUACUUGUCUCACAAAAGAUUUUGGAUCCAAUCUUUUUUUUGGCAUUACUUGAUGUCAAAGCUGUGUGGUUCAAAAAAUGGAUGCAUGCAUAUUAUAGCAGAACUGUGGUAUUACAACUUCUUGAAAAAAAAUAUAAAUCUCUGAUAACAACAUCAGUUCAGCAGUGUGUUCAAUAUUUAGAAUCAUGUGAGAAUAUGAGAUCUGAUGAAAAUUUGAUACGUCCUAAACAUUGUGGGAAUAAGCAGAAGACUUUCUAUUCAGGACAAGAAUUACAAUAUAUUUAUUUUGUUCAUUCACUAUGCCUCUUAGGAAGACUAUUGAUCUAUACACAAGGCAGGAAGCUAUUUCCUGUAAAACUGAAAAAUAGAAAAGAUCCAGUAUCCCUUACAGAUCUGUUGGUAUUGUUUACUCGCCUUAUCUAUUACUCUCCCAGUUGUCCAAAAAUGGCACUAACAGCACAUGCAGAGGACUAUUCUCCGGCAAGUUUGGUGACUGAAGUACUACGGAUACUGUGUGAUCAAAAAGAGAGUGCAACUGAGUGUCUAUUUAAGAGCACAGUGAUAGAUGCAUUUCUUGAACCUAUUCAUAAUUUAAUGAAAGAAACUGAGGCUGCUCCAAAUUAUUCUGAAAUAGCUCUAAUUCAUAUAGCUGAUGUUUUGGCAAGAAUUGCUUCUGUGGAAGAAGGUCUUUUUUUACUUCUUUAUGGAGAAAAUAUGAACUCUUCUCAGGAUGAAAACCCCACAGGUGCUCAUUUAAUUGCCCAGUUUUCAAAGAAGCUUCUUGAUGAGGAUAUUUCUAUUUUUUCUGGAUCUGAGCUGUUGCCUGUGGUUAAAGGAGCUUUCAUUUCAGUGUGCCGCCAGAUGUAUAGCACCUGUGAAGGUCUUCAGGUGUUAAUUCCUUAUAAUUUGCAUGACUCUAUUGCUAAGGCAUGGAAAAAGACUAGCUUGCUUUCAGAAAGAAUUCCUACUCCUGUUGAAGGUUCUGAUUCUAUUUCCUCAGUAAGCCAGGAGUCUCAAAACAUCAUGGCAUGGGAAGAAAAUUUAUUAGACGACUUGCUAAAUUUUGCUGCUACUCCAAAAGGACUACUACUUCUCCAGAAAACAGGUGCUAUCAAUGAUUGUGUGACAUUUAUGUUCAACCGACAUGCAAAAAAACUACAGGUCAGUAGGCAUAAAAAGUUUGGAUAUGGAGUGAUGGUUACACAAGUGGCAUCAACAGCUGCAGGUGCAGUAGCUCUUCGGAAUUCAGGGUUUAUUAAUGCACAUGUAACGGAAUUAUGGUCCAUUUUGGAAUGUGGAAGAGAUGAUGUUAGAGUAACAUAUCCCAAAUCUACUCCAGUGGAUCCCAUUGACCAAAGCUGUCAAAAGUCUUUUCUAGCACUGGUAAAUUUAUUAUCCUACCCUGCUGUUUAUGAACUGAUAGGCAACCAGGAUAUUCCAAAUAAAUCAGAAUAUUCACUUCGUGAAGUUCCUACAUGCAUUAUUGAUAUUAUUGAUAGACUUAUAAUUUUGAAUUCUGAAGCCAAGAUUCAAUCAUUAUUCAACUAUGAACAAUCACAUAUUUUUGGUCUAAGGUUAUUAAGUAUAUUAUGCUGUGAUCUAGAUACACUCUUACUUUUAGAGUCUCAGUACCAAGUGUCUGCAAUGCUGUUAAAUGCUCAAGAGGAAAAUAUUUUAGAGAUUGCUGGAGGGCACAGGGACUUUGUAAUUGAUGGCCUGUCAGUAGAAAGGAACCAUGUUCUUGUAAGAAUAAAUCUUAUUGGUGGACCUUUAGAACGGAUUUUGCCACCCAGGACCCUACAAAAGGGUAAUGAUCCAUAUCCUUGGCCAAUGUUUUCAUCAUUCCCUUUACCAAACUGCUAUAUUUCAGAAGUUACUAAAAAAGUUGAUCCAAAAGAAGAUGAUGAUACUGGGAAGCUUUUAUCACCUUUCAAGAUUUCUGAUAAACAAGCUGAAUGGAUAGAGAACUGCAGAGUACAGUUUUGCCAAACUAUGAAGACCAAACCUAGUGUCAUCAAUGGAGCUGUUUUGGCAGAAUUACUUGAAAAGUUUGUAUUGAAUCUCACUGAAAACCCAUCUGACUGCUACUUUCCUACUGUUGAAUAUAAAGCUACUGAGGCAAAUGUGAAGAAUGAAAGCCUUUCUUCUGUGCAGCAGCUUGGCAUUAAAAUGACUGUCAGAUAUGGAAAAUUCCUUAAUCUUCUGAAAGAUGGUGCAGAAAAUGAUCUUACUUUGGUGUUGAAGCACUCUGAGAGAUUUCUGAAGCAGCAGCAAACAACAAUAAAAUCUUCACUUCGCUGCCUACAGGGACGUUACCCUGGACAUGAUUGGUUUGUGUCAUCUUUGUUCCUUAUAAUGUUGGGUGACAAAGAGAAAACACUAAAUUUUCUGCAGAAGUUCUCCAAGCUUCUAACUUCUGCAUUUCUCUGGUUGCCAAGACUGCAUAUUUCUAAAUACCUACCUACUGAUAUCUCAGAGUCGGGCAUACAUCCUAUAUAUUUUUGUGGCGCUCAUCAUAUUGAAAUGUUGCUGAAGACUGAGGUUCCACUUGUCUUUUCAGCUUUCCACAUGUCUGGAUUCGCCUCAUCACAGAUUUGUCAACAGUGGAUAACUCAGUGUUUCUGGAAUUACUUAGAUUGGAUUGAAAUCUGUCAUUACAUUGCCACUUGUGUCUUGCUUGGUCCUGAUUACCAGAUAUACAUAUGUAUAUCUAUAUUAAAACAUUUACAGCAAGACAUUCUAAAGCAUACCCAGUCUCAAGAUUUACAAAUUUUUCUUAAGGAGGAACCACUUCAUGGAUUUCGAGUGAGUGACUACUUUGAAUACAUGGAAAACUUGGAACAGAACUAUAGGCCCAUGCUACUGCAAGACAUGAAGAGCAUUCGAGUGCAAAGCACGUAGCUCCAGAGAACUAGCAUUUCAAUUUCAUGUUUUAGUUGUGCUUAAAGGGCUACUGAUUGUUUUAUAUUGGUAUCCAUAAAAAUUCAUGCUUUGUGAAUGCACAUAUUGUAAAAUCAAUAAUGAGGGUUUUGUGAAUAGAAUAGUAUUUUCAAGAAGGCAUUAUCUCAAUUGGUGACCUGAAAUGAAUUCAUUUUUCUAGGCUGCUUUACAGUUGCCAGUAGAUUGUUUUAGUGCCAGCCCUAGCUUAGUUGUGGUCUUUGUUUUUUCUGGGAGCGAAUCCCAAACUAUGUCACCUUAUUCCAGUCUGGUUUUUGCCAUCUACCUGAAAUAUUUUUAGUGAGUUUGGUAAUAAAAAGCAAUAUUGAAAAUAAUCAUAUCACUAGCCUGUCUGUGUCCAUAAAGAGAAGACAAUUGUUUUCUGUAUUCAUGGCUCUCAUUGUAGAAGAGUCCUAUCUCUACAUGUGGAGGAACAGAGGACAAAGGACAUGUUAUUGUUUCUUUACCUAAUUAUUUUCUAAAAGUUGGUAUAUAAUUCCUAGAUCCAUGUAUAAGUUUUCUUAUGUAAAUGUCUACUUUUUUUUACUUCAAAGAUAAAUUGACUUCCAUCCUGAUGAACAUUCUACUGUUGUUCUUUGACAUGUUUUCUUUAGUGAUUGACCUGAUUUGGAUUGCAUUUGAAGUAGGAAAUUAUAGCAUUAAUUUCUGAAUUAAUUUAAGUGAACACAUUAUUUUUCUCUUUUAUUUGAAUGGAAGUCUAUCCAUAAGGAAAAUUUGCCUGAACAAAUGUGGCUGAAUGCUUGUUCCAAUUUAUUUUCAUGUAACAUACCUGUCAUGUUUCUUAUUUAUGAACAGUCUUUAGAGUAUAAAAUAAAAGUGCACAUUAAAUAAUCAUUAUUUUCUGUAGAACUUUCCAUUUUAAAUAAAAGUAGUA